AUGAAUGAUUUAGUUCGGAAAGUUCUCUUCUCAUCAUAUCCCUCUUCGGGGCCCUCACUUCCCUGUACAAGUGAAUCUUUGGGGGUGAAAGCGAAUCGUAGAAAGAAACGUGCUAAGGACGAGACCUCGGUUCUUAUGGCGUUGGACCCCAAUCGAGACAAACCUUCGAAACGCACCCCGAUGCAUCAUUCUCUGCGUCUGAAAGUCCAUGACACUUUAGCGACCCUUGGAAGUCCAGCUGUAUCUAGAAAGCCGUCCAUCACAUCGGAAGGCGAGAUGUUGCUUUCUCUGUCGAGCCUCUCGUUGAAUAGGAUGGCGAAGGAACGUCGAGGGAAUGUGACAAGCUCGGGACUUCUAGAAUCAAGCAGGGACUACGAGGAAGUGACGAAAUUAAAAAAUCAUUCAUUCAGGGGAGUUCCCAGUUGCCGCACAAACAAUGAUGCCUCUAUAUGUAAACAAUACUGUGUUUCCACUGACCCAAGUCUUAAAAAAGCAAAGCGGAAGAAGCCAUCGGAUGGGACCGAAAAGCGACUCAACCAUUGUUCGCUUGGCAACUUUCCAGCAAUGUCGCAGGCGCAGAAAAAGGGGAAACCGGUACCAUUAGAAGGAGGCGUUCUUGCUUUCGUGGAUAAAACAAGUCGCUCGAAGUUCUUUUUGCUGCCUCAUCGUUAUCCUCGCGGAAGCUCAAAAACUAAUGACGACUCAACAAAGAUACUGUUGAAAGGGCUCGGGACUUUUGUUGAAGAGUCUGCAGAAAAGGGAUUUGCUUCAAAAAAAGGCAAGGCUCAUGCCCACCUUGAGGAUGGAGGAAAGAGCUCUGAAAUUCCUCUGAUCAAUGGACUCGUCGAUUUUGCGACCGAAAACACAAUUAGCCGUCGGCGAAAUCAGAAAGCUGCAAGAAAAAAUCUCCCUGUUCAAUGUGAUUCAUCGAAGCCCCAAUAUUUGCGAUCGUUAAAACCUUCCCGGAAGGCAAUUACUAAUAUUCACACGCCGACCCCAUUUUCACAAUCAGAUCAACGCAAGGCAGCUACUACUAUCGAAGCUACCGUGUUUUCAGAUCAACAUCUUUUGGGAAUAAAAAUCCCAAGUAGUGAUCCGCUGGAGACCAUUUCGCCGAUUGCUGAUUCGAGUCCGACAUGGACACAGGGUCGUGGCCUUUCCGAUCCUCACUGUGUUGAAGUGAAAGACACAGCGCCAGAUAAAGUCUUAAGAGAUACAACAAUCUGGCCCUGUUCGAUAAAGUCACCGGGAGUAGUAGAAAACGGAAAUCGUAGGAAUCACCGAAUCGAGCGUUUGAAAGUGGCUGACAAGGGGACUCGCUUCGCUGAAGAAAAGCAGGACACUGGAGUUAUGAAUAAAAGUUUGGAAGCUAAACGAUUGAACGGAAAGUCAAGCUACAAUGGUCGCAUUCUUCAAGCCGAGCGAUUCGACAUACCGGUCUUAUCAAACGAAAACAGCAACCCCCUCUCCAAUCGAGAAAAAAUUGCUUCUAGUGAGAUAAAUUCAAGGAAGGAGAUCGUUAUUGGAGAAGUUGAACUCGACUUCGCCGCCGCCCCAAAGCAAAAUGAGUCAGUAGAAUGCAUUUCACUUGCUAGCUUGAAUGCUGACGAGGACACUCGUGAUCUGGCAUCGCUCGGCUCCGCCACGGAGAAUUACCCAAGGGCUGAGAGCUUUCACCAACGCGUCAUGGCUAGCGGCGAUUUUACGUGCCCAUGCGACCAAGAUGCCUUUAUAAAAUCAUCUAGUUUUCGAUCACAGACAGAUUUCGACAAGCAGCAAAGUUCUCCUAAAGGGUUACAAAGUCGGGACAUCAAAAACCACAUUAGUAGCGACAUGGACGAAAAUUACGCACCAUUAUCAAACGGAUCUCCCGUUCGUAUUGAACGACGCUCUGCCCGUUGCAGGGUUCAAACAAAACGUCUCGGAGUUUUUGCUACCCCGUCUGAGUUACAAGGUAGAAUGAGAAAGAAAAGAAUGCUGCCUAGCAGAGCAAGCAUGUCAGUGAGCGAUAGUAAUAAUGUAGAAAAGUCGAACGGCUGUGGCCUUUCCUUUGCUGGUCCGAAACAGACCGUCCCCGAGGUGAAACGGGAGAGAAAAGGAGCUGGUCUCACGAUCCCUUCAAGAGUUUGUCGGCUGAGCAGGAAAAAUGGACCGCAAAAACAUUUGCGGGUACCGAUUAAAGAUAUCGAGAGUGCGGGCUUCAUCUCUUCAUCUUCAGCGGUGCAUAAAGAGCCACAUUUGGCAGCUGAUAACGUAGAACUCAGUGCUUCUCCUUCACCUGGGACACUUUCUCGACAAAAUCGAAAAACGAGCGUGAAUCAUGUCGGAGAGACGUUCGAAGCUCAACUUGUCUCCUUGCGACCACCUGGGAGACCUCUUGAAGGUUCGUUGAGGAACAAGACAACAAUGCAAGACUUCAACGACGGGUGGGAUGAAACACGUGUUUGUCUACUACAAAGGGCUCACCGAUCGGCUGAGCCUACUUCACAGACAUUUUGGCAUGACAUUGCCGACAGUGUUGGCCUAAAGACAGCACACGAAUGCCGCGAAAAAUUCUUUUCUCUUCACGAGCCACCUGUACCAAUCAGGGAACGAAAGAGCAAAGCAGCUUCGAUGGAUAACAAUUUUGAAGAUGAUCUCUUUCAGUCUACUCCACUGCGACCCCAUCUACGAAAGGCACAUGUUGUAGAUGACACAAGGUGCAGUCGCUAUGCGAACCUAUCAGGAAUGGAUCUUGGAAGUGCAAUUAAAUUCAACAAACGUUGUGCCGAAGGAACAGAUUCCGGCGAGGAUGAUUUGAUCGCAAGACAUGUUGACAUCCGACCCAAGGCCGGCUACAAAUCAUACGUCCAGAAUAUGAGGCGCGCCAUAGUACGAUCCAGAAAGGACAAAGGUAAAAGGAUGAAACAGACCAAGUCUCAAGCUUUGAAAGGAAGUCGCGCAAUCCAAGAAACUGUCUACGAUCACGAAGUAGACAUGAACGCGAGACUGACACCAGGGGGCACGCUUAGAUUGAGAAACCAAAACGAUGUCACUGAGGCUGACGAUUUCUGGGAAGUAGCCUAUGGAGACGAUAGUGAUCAAGAGGUAGACUCGUUUGAAGGAUAG